AUUUCAUUGAUUCGUUUACCAGGAUUAUAGCCUUGCAAAGAUGACAAUGGACGCUCUGCAACUAGCGAACACUGCCUUUGCAGUUGAUAUGUUCAAAAAACUAUGCGAGAAGGACAAAACGGCCAAUAUUAUUUUUGCCCCACUGUGUACCUCAACGUCUCUGGCUCUGGCAUAUAAAGCUACGAAAGGUGAUACUGCAGACCAAAUGAAACAGGUACUCCAUUUACAAGAUGUCAAAGAUGUUUCCUUUGGGUUUCAAACAGUAACUUCAGAUGUUUCCAAACUCAGCUCUUUCUUUGCACUGAAAAUGGUCAAACGGCUCUUUGUAGACAAGUCUCUCAAUCCUACCACAGACUUUGUCAACUCCACAAAGAGACCUUUUCCAUCUGAACUGGAGUUAGUGGAGUUCAAAGGAAAAACUGAGGAAACUCGACAGAAGAUCAACAAAUCUCUUUCAGAGCUAACUGAUGGCAAAAUGGAGAAUAUUUUGAAUGCAGAUAGUGUAAGUGACCAGACUCAGAUCCUCCUAGUUAAUGCAGCUUAUUUUGUCACAAACUGGAUGAAGAAGUUCCCAGAGGCAGAGAUCAAGGAAUGUCCUUUUAAAGUCAACAAGACUGAAACUAAACCAGUGCAAAUGAUGAAUCUGGAAGCUACUUUUUGCCUGGGCUAUGUAAAAGAAUUAAAUGUUGCCAUCCUUGAGCUUCCAUGCCUUAACAAACAUAUAAGCAUGCUCAUUCUGCUGCCCAAAGAGAUUGAAGAUGAGACCACCGGCUUGGAGCAGUUGGAAAAGGCACUCACCCCUGAGACAUUAUUACAGUGGACCAAUCCCAGCAUGAUGGCCAACACCAAAGUGAAUGUAUUUCUUCCAAAGUUUAGCGUGGAAGGUGAUUAUGACCUGAAGCCUCUACUGGAAAGCCUGGGGAUGACAAAUGUCUUCAAUGAGAGCGCAUCAGAUUUCUCUGAGAUGUGUGAGACAAAAGGUGUGGUUUUGUCAAAGAUCAUCCAUAAAGUCUCUUUGGAAGUAAAUGAACAAGGUGGCGAGUCCCGAGAGGUACCAGGAUAUCGGAUUCUGCAACACAAAGAUGAAUUUAAAGCUGACCAUCCAUUUAUCUUUUUGUUUAGGCACAACAAAACUCGCAACGUGAUUCUUUCAGGCCGAUUCUGUUCCCCUUAAGCAGGGCGUAUUCAUUAUGAAAAAGCACAAUUACAUUUAUGGUGGUGCAUGUUCUUGUAAAGCUUGGCAUCCUGACUAUCACCUUUGAAAGGAAAUCUAAGAGGUUCAUAUAUCAGCUGGGUAAUACAAUGUACUAUACAUAUGCAGCAGAACUA